CCACUGGUCACACUUCUCGUCACCCAAAAACACACUGAUUUGGAGAACCCAAUAAGGCUCUAGCCUCAAUCUGCCUGCCUCCAAUUUCGGGUUGGGCUGUCAAAUCGAUUCAAUCCCAAUUUUCUUUAGCACAAAGCUCGCCAUUCGCUGUGAUUCGCCCAGCGCAGUCCCCUUGUUGCAUCGCUGUCCUCUUUCUCACACCUUGUACAGUACACACAAAACCUCACACACAAAACACCCAAUUUCCGAAUCCUUCUCUCUUUUCCUUUCUUUGCUUUCUCGCGUUUGGGCUUGUUGUCGUGUUUUUGUGUUUUGUUCAAUUGGGCAUCCCCACGCUAAAUCUCGGGAAACCCGCCGCUUAUUUUUGCCCCUCCCCCUCAAUUCCCACCCAAUUUCUCAUCUCAUCCUCAUAAAACUUCGUGAUACUCACGUAAACAAACCAAACCAAACCACCAAAAAAGAAACAAACCCAUUAAACCUCCCCCCAAAAAUGGUCACCACACGCGCCGCCUCCUCUCGCGCCGCCAGCGUCGAGCCCACCGCCUUCGUCCCCGCAACCCCCUCCGCCAAACGCUCCUCCAAAACAUCCGCCACCAAGUCCUCCAAAUCAUCCGCCUUCACCCACGUUCCCACAACCGCCACCCUCGCCUGGCUCGCCAUCUCCCUGCCCCUCGUCAUCUGGGACACCGGCUACGUCCUUCUCCGCCCGCUGUCCAUGCCCGGCGGCUCCCUCCACUGGCCCAUCUGGGCGCCCUACAAGCUCUACGGCGAGGUCGAUCACAUCUACGGCUUCAAGGCCUUCAACGCCGGAAACGGCUUCACCAGCGCCCAGGGCUUCCUCAAUGCCGUCGAGACCCUGCUUUACCUCUGGUACUUUGCCGCCUGGUUCUUCUCCGGCAAGCGCUCCUCUGCUGGAAUCAAGGUCUUGAGCGGGAGGGCUGGUGCCUGGGCUACUCUCAUUGGCUUCAGCGCCGCUGUCAUGACGCUUAGCAAGACGGUUCUGUAUUGGCUAAAUGAGUACUACAGUGGCUUCGACAACAUCGGCCACAACCCCCUUCAGGAUCUCAUCCUGCUCUGGAUCAUCCCCAACGGUGCUUGGCUCGUUGGCCCGACCUACAUGAUCUGGUCCAUCGGCAGCGACCUGGUCAGCGGCCUUGACCCCGCCUCACGCUCAAAGAGCGAGUAAAUGCAUGUAUUAAAACACUGUUUCAAAAUAUCUUGGCCAUGGCACGGCAUGACAUGGCAUGUGCUCUCAGUCUUGUAACGCGGUUAAUGGGGGACAUGAUUGGUAACAGAGGAACGUGUAUGUAUAUGUAUAUAUAUGAGUCUGUAUGUAUACCCGCAAUGCGACGAAUACGAAGAAAUGACCUCGGCUUGCAUCGACACUUCAAAUAACUCUCGUAGUAAAAAAAUAAUUCAACUUCAAGUCUAAGAGGCAAUGCGCGCUCUUUUGUAACCCGAUUU